AUGCCGAGCAUCAUCUCCGCCAACUUCGGCGCUCUGAGCGGCCUCAGCGACCUCAAGGGUAGAACGAAGAAGAUCCUGAGUGACCCAGACCAGGUAAAAUCACGACAGCGGACUGAAAUGGUGGCGUACAUCGCAUGCGUGCGCAGGAGCACCGCAGUCGCUCCUCCUUCUACCGUUUACAGAAACAAGCACUUCAUGCCAUGCGCAGUGCUUGAUACAUCGACCGUGAGUACCGCCUUUUCCCACUCUGAGGUGCACAUGACUAACAGAACGAAGAUACAGACCAGCUCCCAGCUCCUCCGAGAUGUGAAGGUUGCUUGGGACAAGGCGGCGGCCCACGCGCGUACGCAAAAGUACGUGGACGAGCUGUCAGCAACAGCCGUCAAUCCCAUCGACGUGAAUGCGCAGUCGACACUGCCACCGGAAAACGCAAGCGAACCCGGGUCCGAGACGAUUGAGACCGGCAAAGAUGCAAGCUACGACAGCCAAGCGGAGACCGCCCAAAAGCUGACAGAUCUUCAACAGCUGGUAGAGCAGAAGGAUCGCGACUGUGAAGAGAUGCACGCACAGUGUGAGCAGUCGGGCUUGGAAGUGCAAGAGUUUCGAGGGAACUACGCCAUCCUCGACAAGAAGUACGAGGCGCAGCUGGCCCAGCGCGUCAAUGACAAGGCGAUGGUGGAUGAGGCUCAGCAGCACUGUGACGCUGUGGACGAAAACUACGCUAAGUUGGAGGCGAAGUUCGAUGCCAUCAAGAACGGGCACGGCCAGACCAUCAAGCAGUUGCAAGCACAGCUGAAGAUGAAUGACCAGGAGAAGGCAAAGCUGCAAGAUAGCCACCGGUGCGCGAUUGCAGUUCUCCAGGACUCCCACAAGAAGGACCUAGCUAAGAAGACAGUUGAGGUCAAGCGGGCUUUAAGUCUUUUCACCUUGAAGCAAGAAGCGCUUGAAUCCACAAGGCGAGAACUCCUUCGCGUCGCAGAGGUUGCAGACAGCAACCGCAAGGCUUGGGCACAGGAAAAGCAGGACUUUGAGUUCCGCGCAGAAGUGUCGGACGCCAGUGCGCUCGACACCAUCGGAGCGAAUGAGAGCGAGAUCAUGAGGCUCACGGAACGCAAUCGCAUUCUGGAGGACGAGGUCCAGUUGCUCUCCUUCCCGGAACGUGGUCACUCCAAAGAGGUCCUUUAUGCCAUCACCAAUUCUGCUGCCAUCAGAAAGGAGAUCACAGAGGAGCGACGGGAGUUGAUGGUCGUCAAAGAGAAACUCGAAAACACUCUCGAGUCCAUCCACACAGAUAGGGAGAUUUUUGAAGCCGACCAGAAGAAAGAGACGGAGGCCCGCGUCCAUGCACACGAACUUAAGCGACAAGUCGAUACGCUCCAGCAAAAGCUUGUUUUGCGCGAAGAUGCGAUUCGAGGCAUGGAGCUGCGCAAGGUUCCAAGCGACUUGGAUCGGAAAGACGUGUUAGGCUCCAACCUUGGCAUGAUGGUGUUUGUUGAGAACGACAGCCUCCAAACCCAGCUCAAAGGGUUGGAACAAGAGAAGCAGGAAGUACAGACAAAGUACAACAAGCUCGACGAUGAAAAUCUUGACCUGUUGAUCCGGAUUAGCGACAUCGAGAAGCUGGCCAACGAUGACAAGACCGAACUCGAGGUGCUUCGCGCCUACAAAGCGUUCGCGGAGAAAGAGCUUGAAGUCGUCCCAGGAGGAUCCGCCGUUUCCAAGGAUUCUGACGAGCUACGCCGAUACCUGCGAGACACCACAGGUCAGAUCCAACUCCUCAGCCAGCAAGCGAUUGAGAUGGGAGCCGAGCUGGAUGAAAAGCGGGAGUGCAUCACGAGGGUCGAAGACGAAGCCGACACAAAGUGCAGGAAGUUCGCAGACGAGACUGACUUCUGGACCGGCCUUUACUUUGACGAGGCAGUACCCCACGUCGAGCGCUUGUACGGAGAGAUCAAAGCUCUCAACAUCGAGCUCGGUAGACACGUUGAGCCAAAGGAGAGGCUCGUACGCAACAAGCGCUUCGAAGAGAGGGCCGUACUACGGAACGCAUGCAAAUACACCAUGAAGGGUGUCGACACUGCCAAGAUCCCAGCCGAGUACUACGAGCCUGGCUUCGUUCCUGGAGUUGUUGCUGCUACGUAUGAUGCGAUGCGCUUCCUCCGACCUCGCGGCUGGAUUCCGUUGUACAACAGGGACAAAGUCUACUAUCAGCCGAUGUACAAGCCAUUCACCGAGGAGGAUGCGGCGGCUCGGUUGGAGGCGCAGCAGCAUAAGGAGAAGGAGAAGCAAGACCGCGUAGCUCAGGAGAUGCUCGGCGCGAUUAUUGGUAUGUACCCCUGGUCUUCGUGUUCAAUAAAUGAUGCUAACAUCUCCUCAGCCCGUAAAAACAAGCCGACACAAGACCGUCCCACGCCUCUUUGUGAAGUCGCUCCAAGCAGCAGACUUGUGACACGACAGGUUCUCAAUCGCCCCGUUAUGAACAAGCCUGUCACAGGGACUGCCUUCUCUGUCAUGAAGCGCCCGAACAUGCAGGUGAACGAGGGUCGAUAUGUGGAGCAGCCACCUUCGACUCCAGCCUAUGCUGUGAACGGACCACCUUGGAAGCCUCGAUACGCCGACUUCCAGGGCAUGACGGAGGAAGACUGUAAAGAGAUGGAUCCGGAGGUGAAGCAGCACUUCGUUGACGGCUAUCUCAAGGGCAGGAGGGCAUAG